CCUCUUGGAAAACCCCCCGUUUGGGCUGCAACUCGGCAGGCUCUUUGUGAUGCCCUGCCUUACUACAAGGCUCACCAGAGCAGUGCCCACACCAACAAGAAUACCGUGGUGGGAUUCCUCCUCGGUGGCUUUCCUACCAUGCGAGACCGCAUGGAUACAGAGGUCAUCAUCACUACGCUUGGUGGCGGUAGAGAGCGUGGUGCUGAUGGCAACAUGAUCCGAGUCAAGGAGAGCGAAGAGAGAAACUGGUCCUCUGCCCAAGCUUCCAUGAUGGAAGCAAUGCCCGUCGGCGUCAUCUUAGAUGACAAGUACCCCGGCUUGUCCAUUGCCACGGAACACAAGUACAACGUCAUGGCGUUCUUCACAAUCACUGACCUUUGGUCCGAGAAGGACGCCAACGGACAGCUGUUUCACAAGAUUCGACUUGAGAAGAUCGACCGUUCUACACCAUCUUGGUGGCAGGCAAAGGCUGAAGUCCAACACACUGUCAACCCUCGGGAGUUCACCGCUUCUCACUGUUCCGCAACCCUUGCUUGGUGCAUCGACUGCCACCAGUACUGCAAGACAGUCUUCUCUGCCGGAUGGACCUGUCUCAACCGCAAGUGCAAGAAGUUCUUCACGUUCCCAGCUGGUGUGGAUGUUGCUUGCCUAGACUACUCAGAGAGCUUUCUUCAGGAGAGAACUUCAUUCCAACUCCCCGAGCAGCCUCUUCAACCUGACCUUCCAUCCAUGGAAGGAUGUCUGGGCACUGAAAGUGAGAUGCGGAAGGGCAUUGUCUGUCCUCAGUGCCACGGCUGCUCGAGACGGAUUGACUGGACACACUGGGCCUAUGAGAACCCAGUGUGCAGCUUUGUCUUGAUGGCUAAGCCGGCUGCAUUCCCUCUGCAGGAUGUCCUCCAAGAGGAGGCUCGUGUCAAGAGGAUCCCGAACCAAGGGUCUAGACUCUUCGAUGCGGGAAUUGUGCAGCACCAUGCCCAGGUCAAUGGCUGUCCCGUUGAACAGUUCCUUCUUCCGGAUCCCAACGACUCCAGUAAAAUCGUUGGCUCGGUCAGCAUCAUCCGCACGAACCAGGAGAUCAAUGCCCAGCCUGGCGGUCCUGAUGAGAUGUGGAAGAUCUCUAACGAGUCUGUUGAAACCUUCGAUCUAUCCAGAAACUCCGUGGUUCAUGCCGGAUUACCCACAGAGAAGUUGACGAGAAACUUCCUCCAGAACUGGGGUGCCCCUUACAAGUUCGUUGUCGCUGUGGACUCCAAGCCAUUCUCAGAGGCCCCUGAGGCAUUCAUCGGAGCCCUUAAGCGGAUGGAGUGGGCUGGUCGACUGACUCGAGACCCGUCUAUCACUGCCGACUUCACCAACUUCAAUGAGCUGUUGUCAAUCGGUUACAUGGAGGAAGACAAGAUUGGCUUUCACGAUGAUGGCGAAGAUACCCUAGGCCCUACGGUAGCCACACUUUCUUUGGGAAGCCCGGCUAUCAUGUUCUUUGCCAAGAAGACAAAGAAUGUGAAGAAUGCGAAGAAGACGAAGAAAGAUGAGGAGUACCGGCCGGUGGUUCUCAAGUUCCCUCUGUACCAUGGUGACAUCGUGGUCAUGCAUGGCUCCCGUAUUCAUGAGAAAUAUCUGCACAAGGUCGACCCUAAGGGAAAGCGUCGUUUCGCUCUGACUUGUAGAAACAUCGACCUCACGCACCCGGGAUUCACCCCUCAAGCCCGAGAUGAUGCUAUCGAGAAGAGCACCAUUCCGUCGGUAUCACAGGUCUGGGAUUACCCCAAGCCCGACGACAGC